AACAAAAAUAUAUCGGUUAGAUGGCCACCUCUAAGCCCCAAAACCGGCAAUAACAAAUAUUACACAAGCCAAAAAGGCAAGUAAUCAGAGUUAAUAAGUGAAACACACAAUGGUGGGAUUUCGAAUGCCCUCCAACCGCACCCUAGGGACCAUAUGCGUCUAUGGCGCUGUGGCUUCCAUAUCUGCCGUCAUGUACAUGCGCUGGAAAAUGGAGGACCGGGUGCGAUCCUGUGAAUAUUACAAACUUGCUCUGAAGGGGCUCCGGCAGCAUAGAGGAGCGGUUGGACUGCUGGGGGAGCCAAUUAAGGACUUGGGAAUAGAUCUUGGCAAUGCCAACAACAACUGCAAUGCGGAGAAAGCACAGUUUGAGGUAUCAGUGCGAGGGAGUAAGGACAAAGGAACCCUCUACUUCUGGGCCUCCCACCAGCCGGAACAGGGCUGGCUCAUAGAUCGAUUGGAGCUGGAAACCAAGCUGAAUCCCGAAAAGCGGUUUCUGCUUAAAAAAUCGGAAGAGCUGAACUUAACCGAGACCAUUAGCCAAGUUCCCGUCCAAGAAGUGUAAAAUAUCACGCUGUCGAAGAUUAAUUUUUUAAGCAAAGAAACACCUAGGGAGUAGUCCGAUUCAAUUAGUUUAUUUUCAUUAAAUUUGACUAAUUCAAGCAAUCUUAAAUGUUGUAUAGUUACGCUCUUUAAAUUAAAAAUUUGUUGUUUUAUAAAAUCAAA